GUGAGACAGAGAUGGCAGCUAGUUUGAGUGGAAAGGUGAAGACGCGAUCGGGAAUGGUCAGUGACAAUGUGGAGCUCUUGCAGCAAGCGGUUGAGUAUUUUACUACUGGCAGUGAUUGGGUGUGCGAAUGAGGAUACUGUAGUUGAUGUGGUCUACCUGGACUUCAGUAAGGCGCUUUACAAGGAACCAUACGGCAGAGCGAUUUAAGAAGCUGAGACCUCAUUGGAUCCAGGGCAAUUUGUGAAGGAACGAACUCCAUCAAAUGGAAAUCUUCAUCUAGACACAAUUGAAAGCAUUGCUUUUGACAAAGGCUUGUCCCCUGAUGUAAUUGAGUCACUUGUGGAUGUGGCUAUGAGUGCCAGACUUGUUGACAGAUUUAAUAUACGCCUUUUAAAGUGCCUUAUUCCUGCUUCUGUAGUCCCUGAAUGCGCAGUGACAAAUGCUAUUUCUUGGAUGUGUACAAGAAAACCUACCAUUACUGUCCAGGUGCUGUUUAUCAGAUGGUUGAUAACGGUCUUUGAUCUUUUGGAUUCAAAGAAGCAAUUACAUUCAUUGUAUGGCAUCAUUUUCUUCUAUCUUCAAAAUGACAAGUUGUGUCCCUAUAUAUGUCACCUAUUGUACUUGCUAACUAAAAAGGAAAAUGUUAAACGAUUCAGAGUCAAGAAGCUGAUUGAUCUGCAGGCCAAAAUGGGAAUGCAACCACACCUGAUGGCUCUUCUCUUGCUGUACAAGAUCCACGCACCUGAAUACGUGUCUUUGGCUUGUGCUGGACAACCCAAGAACUUGCCAGUGUCUAGGUCAUUCUGGAAGAAAGCCAUUGAAAGAGUUCAGAACAAUGGUUACAGGCAGUUGUCUCAAACACCUGAGCUAGUGAAUUUAACAGAGCCUCCAAUGCGGAAGAGGAAAAAGAAGAUGCAUCGUGAGUUGAUUCCAGUUGUCAGCAGUGCUCGACAUUUAACAGAACAGUCUUGUUUCCUGAUGCAGAGCAAAAGUUUUCCUUUGGAACAGUUAGCCACAUUCUCCCAACUAUUGGAUAACUUUGACCGAAUAGAGUUCCCUGCACAGAUGGGCUCCAUGCUGCGAUCUCCUCUGUUGCUUCAUUACAUUAAUUGGGUAAAAGAUGACACUGCACUUCUGCGGCUUGAUUUCUGGCUGGCGCAAACUCUUCAUGAAGAGUUUGCAGAUUGUAAUGGUGACUCAUUGCAGCGAGAAAAAGAAUUCAUUGAAUUUCUAAAUGUCAUCAUUAGAACUCAAGAAUUUCUACAGGAAGGAUUUUCAUGCUGUGAGGAUUUUGUGUUCAAGAGCUUAUCUCUUUAUGAUAGUUUGUGGUGUAGCUCUCAGAUCCUUGCCUUACUCACAAGGAUUUCCCCAAGCACAGAUAUGAUUUCUUUUUAUUUUGAUCCAUUAAUGAAGCUGUUCUUCACUUCCUCAAUUUAUUUUAAGUGCAGUGUAAUUGAGAGUCUGACUAGCCUGCUGAUGAAAUGGCUAACCUGGCAUUCUGUUUGUGUAGCUGAUUUGGACAGAGAUAUUCCCAAUGCUUUACAAAGUCCACAGAAUGUUUCCCUUUCUGGAUUGGUGAAUUCUGUUUCUGAACUUGUGGAAUUUACCGCAAGAAUUUCAAUUGUAGCACUUCAGAUGGAGGCUUACAACAGUCUGCUGUUGCAUUUCAUACUCAAUUUCUAUGAGACGGUAUCUGAUAUGUAUUUGAAAUACAGUCUUCCCCUGGUGAUUUUGCCACCUGCUGGUAUAAUUUAUCCAGCAUUAUUGAGUUUGGAAUCGGUGAGUCUGAAUCAGCUGUGCCACAUUAUGUAUAGGUACCGGACAAAUCUAACAGCUUUGAAAUCCUUGGAUUCAAGUACAAAUGCGCAAAUAGGUUUGAAGGUGAACAGAAAAACAUUUCAACAAUAUAAUGCAUUUAUGAAAGCUGCAGUCAGCUGCUUGUGGACAACAAGAAACUUUGAACAAGAUAUUCGUCCGAUGGGUAUUGGAAUUGAAUAUAAUCUGCUAGCACAGACCAAGGUUCCAGACUCUGUGAGCAGUUUUACUCUUGUUAAUCAUCCAGCACUGAUGGGACAUGCCAUAAAUUUUACCCAGAAGGGAUGGCCCAAUGGAAAGAAGCAAUUACAUGCAAUACAGGGAAAGAUUUGGAACUGGUAUGUUGAGUACUUAUACAACCAAGGACUUGAUGGACUUAAACAUUUCCUUGAAUCUUGCAUCCACACAGUGUCCAGUUCAGAACAUUAAAUGAUGAGAUAUUGCACUACUGAACUGUACUAUUGAAUAAUUGAUAGAUUCCACAGCAUCCAUCUGCUUUUGCUAAAUGCACAAGAUACCCAGCUGCUUCCUGAAUAAUUGUCUGGACAGUAAAUGGAGGAUUGAUAUUAAACAAAGACAAACUGGUACACCUGUUGAUCCAAACACAUCAUGUCUGAUCUUGCACUGUUCAGGAACCUGCAGAACACACAAUGUGUAAGAAGUAAAAUGCAAUGUUGCAUUGAACUAUAUUAUUAAUGAUCCAGGAUAGCUAAGAAGGAUGGCACAAAACACCAGAUUAUGUGGAAGUUUUCACGCUACAGAUAUGAUUUUAUCGAAAUAUCAGUCGUGUAUAGUACAUAAAAAAUAGUGAAUACUGACAGAGCAUAAAAUGAUUGAGAAUGGUAUUAGACAGUUACUGUGAGAGGGCUUUUACAUUUUGUGAAAUUGUGUUUAUAAAUAAUUUGAUUGCUGACUUAUCAGUAAAAUGUUAUCUUUGCA